AUGUUCGUCCCCGCGGGCGCGUUCGGAGGCGUGUCGCCCGAGCGCAGAGCGAGCGAGCUCAUGAACGCGAUGUUGACGUACGUGUCGGCGUGGAUCGUGAUCUCGCAGCUCGAAAACGUGGCGCCGCGUCGGUCGGUCGCGGGCGAGGACGCCGGCGAGGACGGCGAAGGAGAAGCGAGACGAGUGACGACGUCGCACGAGUUUUUGCUCGACUAUCUCGAGGCGAAUCCCGUGCGCGACGGCGAACAGUGGUUGAUCGCGCUGACGCGAGUGAAUCCGACGCUGGCGGAGCGGAUCAUGGCGGUUCGUCGCGCGUACGCGGAGGAGGAUUUCGAGUGGCACAACGUCGCCAAGUUGACGUCCGAAUCCAUCGCGGCGGGGAACGAGCGCGCGAUGCGCGAGUGGCUCAAAUCUGCCGUCCCACAGAGCGCCUGA